UCCUCGCGUCUGCGCUGCGUCGUCAGGUGUGAGCUGCAGGGGACAUUCAGUAGUGCCAUCUGCUGUAGACGCCUCUUUAGUCUCUCACGGGAGGACAGGAGGACACAUGCCCAGUUGAGGAGGGGAAUUAAGUGUUACGUGCGAGGAAAAUCUUUCUAAUCUCUGAUCUCCUGGAUUAUUCCUCCGAUGGUCGGCAUUUAACCCCUGUCUGCAGUUUUUGGAUACUAAUUUACGCACCAUUUUUACGCGUUUAUAUUCGUGCCACCUGCAUUUGCAUGAUGGAUUAAACAUUUUAAGACUUUUUGGCAAUUUGUGGUCUUUUGUGGAUUAUGAAUGUACUCGUAUCAUGCUAAAUGAUGAUGAUAUUUUGGUCCCUGGAGCGCGCAGCAGCGGUACAUUGGUUUAAGAACCAGAGACUUCCCAACGCCGCUGGCCCGAUCAUUUGUUUACUCUCCUGAGACACUUUGACCUGUUUUCCUCGCUAUUGCGAUGCUGGUAGGGAUGGAGAGCGAGCUGAGACCCAGGCUCUGUUUCCUGACCAAAGGAGAGCAGGGCUAUGGUUUCCACCUGCACGGGGAGAAGAAUAAAGGCGGGCAGUUCAUCCGCAAAGUGGAGCCCGGCUCCUCUUCUGACAUGGCCGGACUGCGGCCAGGAGACCGGGUGGUGGAGGUGAACGGGGAGAACGUGGAGAACGAAACCCACCAUCAAGUGGUGGACCGCAUCCGUGAGGUGGCCCACCGCACCCGGCUGCUGGUGGUGGACAGAGACACAGACGAAUACCUCUGCAGCAGGGGCCUGGCAUGCACAGAGGACCUGGCCAUAGAGAUGGGAACCCUCUCCCCGCUGCCUUCACCCGCUCCCACUCCUACUUCCUCACCUUUACCUAGAGGGAACUCACCCAUGUCACCAAAACCGAAAUACACACAAUCAUUUUUUCCCCCUGCUGCAGACUCAUCCAUUCACACCAUCACAAAAGACAAGGCCAAGAGAUUCUCGAUGACAUCAAGUACAGCGACAGACUCAGAGGAGCAGGAGCAUCCCUCACCAGAGCCAUCAGUUGAGGUCUGUCCACGCCUGUGUCACCUGGUGAAGGGGGAUAAUGGCUAUGGCUUCAACCUGCACAGCGACAAGAAGAAGGGGGGACAGUUUGUGCGCUCAGUGGACCCCAAAUCAGCUGCUGAGAGUGCGGACAUCAGGCCUGGAGACAGAAUAGUGGAGGUGAACGGAAUGAACAUAUCCGGCCUGAGGCAUUCAGAGGUUGUGGCGCUCAUUAGAGAAGCAGGGGAGGAAGUGCGCUUACUAGUGGUUGACCAGGAAACGUACGAUCUCUUCCAAAGACUUAGAAUGACACCAACUGUCAGCCAUGUCAAAGAGGUCUAUCUGGAUGAAUCAGCCUCAGAAAGCAACCCAGCUAUCCCCUGUCCGACCACUGAACUCCCCACCACAGAACCACCAAUCAUAAAUGCCACACUGACAGACUCCCCCAUCACAAAAACGUCUCUGAAAUCCAGGACCAAUGGGAGUUUAGCAUCCCAUUCCUCCAGAAGUUCCACCACCCAAUCAGAGAUCAGCAGCUCGGAUAUGAGCAUCCAGGUCCACGAUGAGGACGACAGACGUGUUUCGGAUCCUUUCAUGGAGAGCGGCCUGCGUCUGAGUCCCACAGCUGCUGAGGCUAAAAAAAAGGCCCUCAACACCCGCAACAAGAAGAGAGCACCUGCUAUGAACUGGAAUAAGAAACAAGAGAUCUUCAGUAGCUUCUGACCCUCAAACACAAUUAGAGAAGAAGAACUGCAUGGAGGAACAAUGUUGGGAUACUUCAUUGUUCAAAUUGUAAUGGACAUGAACUGCACCUUGGUCUCGAAGAGGCAGUAAAAGAAAGAGAAAUGUGGAGAAGAAAGAGGCAGGUAGUAACAUUUAUAGAGAUAGUCUGCUAAAAUAUGUUGCUCUGUGUACAACUACAUGGUAAGAUAGCAUCUAGGAAUCUAUAGAGGCUUAUUUUAUAGUACAUUUAAAGACAAAGACAUGGUCUAUGAGGUCAGUAUACAGUGUUUCUCUUUAUUAAAUCAUAUUUGUUUUAGAGCCAUAGCAACUGAAACAGCCUCUGUGCCCUCAGUCUGACAUUUCUGUAGAUACGUUUUUCUGUUUUAGAUAUUUUAUUUUUAGAUAUAAUGGUUUUGUGUCUUUUCAGUUUGUAAUGUGCAAAUUACAUCUGAGUCCCGGUGUAGUUGUUCUAACGUUUCGUUUUUCAAUUUGAAGUAGGAUAUCAAUUUCAAAUGUAAAUACAGAGGAAAUGGUAAAGGCUAUUUAUCAAAUGUACAAUGUUGGAUCACCUCAGUGCUUAUCUUCCAUUUUCAAGUGAUUUCUGUAAAGAAAUAUAUUUAAAAGACGGAUGGUUGACUGUAGAACUGUAGACCCUCUGAUCUGUCAUUGUAGCUUUUUGAGGAUUUUUCUCUCAAAUGUGCUUGUUUGAAUGUGAUAUAAACUUUCAGAAUAAAUGCAUAAAAGACA